AGGGUCAUGUUUCUUUGGAAACCACAAAGUUAAGAGGAUAUGAACUGUUUGUCGUUGUUUUUUUCCAGGAAUCCCCCUAUCCGCAGCUCUGCACCUGGUGAGAAAUAGAAGCUGCUUCUCUGUGUCAGGUGUCUUAGAUCCUCUAGGCAACGAGUGGAAUGUUUCAUUAUUACUGAUAAAAGUUCACAUAGCAACGUUCACGUGGGUUUUAAAAGAACAAAGUUUCUCUGUUUAAGAAUGUAGUACUCACCCAAAGAUGCCGGUUGUUAUGAUACUUUUUAGUUGCAGUUUGUCUUUAAUCUGCUUCCUGUAAACGUUACUACUGGCUUACAUUGUUACCCAUCCUGAUGAACGGCUGGCCAGGUUUUUACUAAGCAGUUACAAAUGAAAAUACGACUAUGCUUCUCAAAUCACAGCUAAUACUCCUCCCAGGGCUGAAGUCCUUGGUUUGCCUAGCCAACUUUCUUCUCAUUUGAGAUCUCAAGCCUACCUCGAAGGAGACCCUGCAUCAAGCUCUUAAGCGCCUUUCUCCGCAAAACCGUUCAAGCAUCCCGCCCUCCCAACGUUGCGCUCGGGGCGUGCGGGGCGGGCCCACUCUUCUCAAAUCUUAUUGGGUAAAAUCCUCGCCUCUCAUCACACUAUGGGCGGGACAAUAGAGAAAGGGCCUUUACCAGGCGCAAGAAGAUGACAUCACAGUAGCGGAGCCGGGACCUCCGGUUGCUCUGGGCUCUGCUCGCUGAGGGUGCCGAAUGAAGACCGCUCCGUUCGCGACACCGUCGCCAUGACCAUUUGUCAGUUCUUCCUGCAAGGCCGCUGCCGCUUCGGAGACCGGUGCUGGAACGAACAUCCCGGCGCCAGGGGUGCGGGCGGAGGACGGCAGCAGCAGCCCUCAGGUAGUAACAGACGAGGAUGGAAUACCACCAGUCAGAGAUAUUCCAAUGUUAUCCAGCCAUCCAGUUUCUCCAAGCCUACACCAUGGGGGGGCAGCAGAGAUCAAGAAAAGCCAUCUUUUGCUGCUUUUGAUUCUGGAGAGUCUGCUAGCAGGAACAGGGGAUUUGGCUUAUCUCAGAACCCAUUUGCUUCACCUGGCUCUGAUGACCAGAAAGAUGAUAAGAAGCUUCUGGAAGGUAUUGUUAAAGAUAUGGAGGUUUGGGAAUCAUCAGGGCAGUGGAUGUUUUCUGUUUAUUCACCGGUGAAAAAGAAACCGAAUAUUUCAGGUUUUACAGACAUUUCACCAGAGGAGUUGAGACUUGAAUACCAUAACUUCUUAACCAGCAAUAACUUACAGAGUUAUCGAAAUUCUGUCCAGCAGUUAAUAAAUCAAUGGAGGAACAGGGUGAAUGAACUGAAAAGUCUAAAUACAUCAACUGCAAUAGCUUUGCUGUCCGAUUUACAGGAUGGAGUGAAUCAAGCAGCACCUUCAUUUGGAUUUGGCAAUAGGCAAACAGUAACAUUUGGGUCACCAGGUUUUCCAGUGAAUAACAGCAGCAGCAACAGUGCUCAGAAUUUUAGUUUUAAACCAAGCUCUGGAUUUGCUACAGCCUCUUCUGGAAGCACUCCUGUGUUUGGGAAUACUCCUGCAUUUGGAGCUGUACCUGCUGCCAGUUCUGCCAUCGCUGCUGCUACUCCGACUUUUGGCCUUAGGAAACCCGAAAUCACAUCUGCUGCUUCAUUUUCAUUUAAAACCCCUGCAGCUUCUGGUUUUGGAUCAUCUGGAUUUUCAGGAUUUUCACCUUCCAUGGCAGCAAGCCCUGUUGGAUCUCCAGUGGCCCCAGCCUUUGGAAGUGGCAGUUCUGCAGCUGGUUUUGGUAGUCCAGGCUCACAGCCUCACACUGCUUUCUCUAAGUCAUCCAGUGACACCUUUGGAAACAGCAGCGUACCUGCCUCUCUCUCAUUCUCGCUUGGCAAUACCACAACAGAUAAUGCAUUAUUCACACCCAAGGAUCAACUAACAGCAGAAGAACUGGAACAAUUUCAAUCCAAGAAAUUUACUCUGGGAAAAAUUCCAUUAAAGCCACCACCUGUGGAACUUCUAAAUAUUUAAAAGGGCAAUUUUAAAUACAGAUAAAAAACCAGCUUUUAAAACUGUUUUGAGUGGUGGUUCAUAUGAAAGAGGAGGUAUAUAUAUAUAUAUAUAAAAGUGUGUAUAUAUAUAUACAUACCCAGACACAUACACGUGUAUAUGCAUAUAUAUUGCAUGUAUAUUUAUAAGAAGUAUAAAUUUUCAAUAAUAACAUUAGGAGUUCUUAAAUUUAACAUUUUUCCUUGAGUCUGGCUAUUUAAGUAAAACAACAAAAAGCAGCAACAGAUUUUUUCCUUUUUUUUUUUCUGUAAUGAUGAAUGGAACUGAAAAAACCGUCAGGGUGCACUGAAUAAAGUACUUUUCUCAUUUUGUAUCACUUUAUACUGUCUUACCCUUUACAUUUUUACCUUUAAACUUUUUUUCUUGAAGGAAAGAGAUAAUUUCUAGAACCAGUAGGGAAAAAAUGCUUGUUUAGUCUACCUACUGAAUAAGCAUCAGUAGCAUGGUGACUUUCUUUCAUGUAAAGAAGAUUCUCCUAAAGAGAGAAAUAUAAUUUUUAAAGGGUAAAAGCUUUUAUUUUUACUACCUAAGAAGCAUUUUCGCCUCAAAAUUUUUCCUCCUCAGUUUUGGCCAUCUCGUGAACCAUUUGAGUUUUUGUCAACAGUUUCAUGCUAGUUUCUAUCUUGGCCUAAUUUUUAUGUAAUUCUGUUUUUUCCUCACAUUGUCUCAUCAAGUGGAUGGAUUGUAAGAGGACUAGAAAUUAUGAUCUCAUAUAGAUGAAGAGCAUUUGUGUAUGUAUAUAUCCUUUGUAGAUGCAUAAGACAUUCUGGAAGAAUAAGAAACUUGCUAAUAAUGACUACCUCUGGUAAAAGAAUUGGUGUCUGUUCAGAGAAAAACUUUAUAUACCAUUUUGAACUGUUUGCAUAUUUUACCGUGUACAUGUGGUACUUUGUUUUUUUAAUUAAAAGAAGAUCACGGAAAAUUAGGCAGCUUUUUCCAACUAAACAUUAUUGGCAAGUUUAAUGAUACUAUGAUCAAGCUAGUUUUUCAAGAUGCAUUUUUGAAAAGCAUUUUUUUUAAAACAAGUAUUCAAGAUGCAUCUUUUCUAGGCUUUUUUCAAGUAAUGGAGAAGUAACUUUAUAACUGGAAAAAGGUCAUUGAAGAACAAGUCUAGGCUUUCUUCCACCUCCAUUUACAUUAUUAAGGUAUGCUCAUUCCUUUUGGUGUAUUUCUUAAAACCUUUCUAUAAAAUGUUUAUUAUAACAACUUUGGAAAUUUAAGGAAAUUAAAAUUAUCAAUAACCUCUUCCCCUGCCCAAGAAUAGUGUAUAUUGAGGGAUGAGGACUCACCAGCUGUUUCUAGAGUUUUUAUUAGAAUUUUCAGAUGUGUUUGGGUCUCCCUGUGUCCUCAGAUUGAAGGAGUAGUAUCUUAUAUAUAUGGUUGAUCCAAACAGCCAGAGAUGUCAUUAGUUGAAGCAUAUGUGUCAAGAGUUCUGUGUUCCUUUUUCAAGCCUCAGAAAAUUAUAUAACUAGCACUGUGAGAACAGUUUCUUUACACAGAUCAGGUAUUGAACUGAUUUUUAAGUGAAAGUCUUACCUAUUAAAGAUAUACGCUCCACGUGAUUUUAGCAUAUAUACAAAGGAUUUGGUCCUCAGGGGAUCCAGAUUCUCUGUUACACUUUUUGAAGAACUUUAUGACUCAAACUAAGUUUUGGAACCCCAGCAUUCCAAAUAAGGGGUAUGUUUGAAACCAUCCUUGGUAUAGAGAUGAUAAAUAGACCCUAAGUUUCUGUUUUGAUUUCAAGUUCUUUAUAAGGACUUUCAAUGGUUAGUUUUUUUUUUUUCAACUUACAGUUGACUCCUAGAGUUCUCCUACUCAUGGUAUGAACCCUGCAUAAAGGUAGAUUAAGUUUCAAGACCUUAAAAAGGAGUGGAAGGGAAGAGGCAACCAAAAGGUGCAAGAGCAAGUACUGCCAUCUGGGUUUAUUCAGUGAGGCAAGAACCAAUUCUGACAGCUGGUCACACUGAACAUAUACUCCCGAGUAAGCACAGACAGCCCCAUUUCACAGCUUCUACAACAGCUGCCUCUUUUCCCUAGGACUUAGAAGAAGGGACAGAAUUGCAUAUAAGGUUUUAUUACAGGUAAAAUGAUCUAACUAGCUUGAUUAUUUGAUCACAGAAGGAUAGAAGUAUAACAGCUGAGAGCUAAUUAGAAAGGGAGAGAGAAGCUGAUAUUAAAACUAUUUAAAAGAUAUGAUUUAGCUACAGAGUAUGUAUUGUUCAAGUAUUGUUCAUAAAAGAAUCCAAUCUGUUGUCCAACAACAGGAAAUUGGUUAAUCUGGUAGAUUCAUAUAUUGGAGUACAGCUUUUCUAAAUGACCUAGGUUUUCACUCUGUAGUCAGUGGACAAAAGCUUGUUAUUUAUUAUUUUAUUAUUAUUACUCUAAUUGCACUGACUGGGACACUCAGUACUCUGUUGAAUAGUAGUGGUGAGAGGGGGCAUCUUUGCCUUGUUUCUGAUCUUAAAGGAAAAACUUUCUUUCAUAAUUGAAUAUGAUAUUAGCUGUGGCCUUUUCAGGUAUGGCUUUUAUUAUGUUGAGGUAGUUUCCUUAUUUUCCCCAGUUUGUUGAGUGUUUUUGUCAUGAAAAAGUUUUUACUUUGUCAAAUAUUUUUUUAUGCAUCAGUUGAGAUGAUCUUAGGAGUUUUGUCCUCCAUUUCGUUAAUGUUGUGUAUUUAUACUGAUUGAUUUUGUAUGGUGAACCAUCUUUGCAUUCCAGAUACAAAUCCCACUUAAUCAUGUGUAAAUACUUUUAAUGUGCUGUUGAAUUCAGUUUACUAGUAUUUUAUUGAGGAUUUUUGUAUCAUUAUUCAUCAGGAAUAUUUGUCUAUGGUUUUCUUGUGUCUUUUUUUCUGGUUUUGGUAUCAGAACAAUGCUGGCUUCAUACUGUGAAUUUGGGAAUGUUCCCACCUCUUCAGUUCUCUGGAAAGAUUGGUAUUAAUUCCUUAAUUGUCUGAUAAAAUCCUUCAGUGAAGUCAUCUUGUCCUGGUUGGCAGUGUUUGAUUACUGCUUCAAUCUCCUUAUUAUAGGUCUGUUCAGAUUCUUUACUACUUGAUGAUUUAGUUUUGGUAGUUUGUAUGUUUCCAGGAAUCAAUCCAUUUCUUCUAGGUUAUCUAAUUUGUUGAUAUUUAAUUGUUCACAGUAAUCUUUUAUAAUCCGUUUCUAUUUCUGUGACAUCAGUUAUAAUAUCCACUCUUUUGAUUCUAAUUUAGUUAUUAGAAUCUUUUAGCUCUUUUUCUUAGUUAAUGUAGCUAAGGAUUUGCCAAUUUUUGUGGUCUUUUUAAAAGACCAUGUCUUAGUCUGCUCAUGCCACCAUAAUAAAACACCGUAGACAGGGUGGCUUACAAAAGAGACAUUUAUUUCUUUCAGUUUUGGAGCCUUGAAGUCCAUGUCAGGGUGCCAGCAUGGUCAGUUCUGGUGAGAACCCUCUUCCUAGCUUGCAGAUAGCUGCCCACUUGGGUACUAAGAUGGCCUUUUCUUGGUAUAUGUGCAUGAAGAAAUAGAUUCCUCUCUCUUCCUCUUCUUACAAGGCUAUUAAUCCCAUCAUGAGGUUGCCAUCCUCAUGACCUAAUUUAAACUAAUUAUCUCUCAAAAGACCCCACCUCCAAAUACCAUCACUUUGAUGGUUAGGGCAUCAACAUAUGAAUUUGGGUGAAGGACACAAACACUCAGUUGGUUUUAUUAGUUAUUGAUUUUUUUCCACUUUUUCUAUUCUCUAGUUCAUUUACUAUCCUUUCAUCUUUAUUAUUUCUUCUGCUAAAUUUAGUUUUUUUUUAAGGUAUAAAAUUAGAUUAUUGAUUUGAGAUCAUCUUUUUAAUGCAAGCAUUUAUCUCUGUAAACUCCUCUCAUCACUGCUUUUGUUUUCGUAUCACUGCUUUUGCCUAGGUUUUGAUGUGUUGUAUUUUGUUUUCAUUUGUCUCUAAGUAUUUUCUAAGUUCCCCUGUGGUUUAUUCUUUGACCCAUUGGUUGUUUAAGCGUGUGUUGUUUAGUUUUCACUUAUUUGUGUUUUUACCUUUUGCUGUUGACUUCUAGUUUCAUUCCAUUGUGGUCAGAGAAGAUACUUGGUAUGAUUUCAGUCUCUUAAAUUUGUUAAGACUUGUUUUGUGGCCUAAUAUGUGGACCGUCUUGCAGAACGACCGUGUGUACCGGAGAAGAAUGUGUAUCCUGCUGUUCUUGGGUGAAGUGCUCAGUAUAUGUUUGGUUCAGUUAUUCUGUAGUGUUAAGUCCUCUGUUUUUUUCACGGAUCUCCUCUUUGUUCUAUCCAUAACUGAAAGUGGAGUAUUGGAAUAUCCUAUUGUUACUAUGUUGCUGUCUGUUUCUCCCUUCAGUUCUGUCAGUGUUUGCUUUAUAUGUUUGGGGGUUCUAACGUUAGGUGCAUGUACAUUAUAAUUGUUAUAUCUUCCUGGUAAAUUGACCCUGUUAUCAUUAUAUAAUGUCCUUCUUUGUCUCAUAUGAUAGUUUUGGUUUUAAAGUCUAUUUUAUCUUAGUAUGGCCACUUCUACUCUCUUUGGAUUCCUAUUUUCAUGGAAUAUUUUUCCAUCCUUUUAGCCUAUGUGUAUCUUUAGAUGUAUAGCAUGCCUCUUGUAGACAACCUAUUAGUUGGUUCUUAUUUUUUAUCCAUUCAGCCAAUCUGUGUCUUUGAAUUAGUAUAUUUAACCUAUUACAUAUAAAGGAAUUACUGACAGGAAAAGACUUACUAUUGCCAUUUUGUUCAUUGUUUUCUGUAUAUGACUUUUUUGUUCUUUUCUUCCUGCUGCCUUAUUUUGUGCUUUGCAGAUUUUUUUUUUUGGUAGUGACACAUUUUGAUUCCCUUUCCAUUUCCCUUUGUGUAUAUUCUAUAAUUUCUCUGUGGUUACUGAUGUAAUUACAUAAAGUAUUUUAAAGUUAUAAUAUAUUUUACAUAAUUUAACUUCAGUGACAUAAAAACUGCUCCAUUUCAGUUCUGCCUCACCCACUUUAUGUUUUUGAGACAGAUUACCAAAUUAUUUUAAUAUUGCCUGUUUGUUAACAUAGAUAUAUAAUUACUCUUUA